CAGCGGUCGACUGUGCGCUAUCUUCUGGGCGAACCGUCGGCAGUCGCGCCGGCGCCGCCGUCGGCGAUGGACCACGACGAGGACAGGUCCUUGUCCCUGGGAACGGAGGUCUCGGCCUCCGUACCCCCACCGAGUCCUCUCACGGGAUGCUAUCUCCUUGCUGUCAUCGGCGAGCCCCACACUCAAGAACAUAAGGAAAUUAUUCUGCAGCGCCUCGCUAAAGGCCUGCUAUCAUGGGACGCUGGCGAGCACCAGGUCGAUUUGGAGAAGGAACUGGCCACCCUCACGGCACAGGCACCCGAGGGGGAGGAGGCCAGAUAUGGCGAGCGACUAAUCCAGUACGCUUCAGAAAACCUGGUGACGGAGAUCCUGAUCCACCCACAGAUGAACACGCUGAUGCAGUGUAUGAGGAACCUGCUCAGCUCUUUCACUCGGCACAGACACCUGGUCCACGCCGGUUACACCUUCGCGGGUAACGGCUCUUGGAUCAUGCAGGACGGGACAUUUUCACUGGCUGACUUCACAGACGCCUACCAAGAGAACGAGGUGCAGCGCGUGAUUCGCGCAUACGAGAACUCCAUUUCUAUUGACAUACAUUGCUCAGUCGCAAAUGGCGAAUGGGCCAAGCUCCCGGACAUGCCUUUCGUUAAGCACUGCAAGAUUCGUGUCAACCCCACUGACACUCUAGACUCUGGCUCGCCAGCCAUUAAGAAUUUUAUCGCGUACCUGGAACCUUACAUCGUUCCAGCCAGCUUGGAACAGCUAUUGGUUCCCAGUGACGUGGUCGGUAACAUUCGAUUCAGCCACCCCACUCUUUACGUCUUCCCAGGAGGACAGGGUGACGCCGCCCUCUUUGGAAUUAAUGGAUUUAAUAUGCUAGUUGAUGGCGGUUUCUCCCGCAAGGCGUGUUGGUGGGACUUUGCCCGGCAUCUGGACAGACUGGAUGCUGUCCUGUUCACCCGGUUGAACAACUGCUCCAUGUCUGGCAUGGCUGCCGUGUUGCACAGGAAAGCUACUGCCAAUGUCUACCCACAGAUCGGACAUUUUUUCUGUAAUCUUGAAGAUCGGCGUGGCAUAUCAAGUCCUGAUGGAGAUAAGGAUUCAGAUCCCCUCAUGGUAUCCCUGCUGCAGGCGGGCUCUGACAUGAUGGCUGAUCUCCGACACAUUAACCUCAAACCACAACAUUGCUAUCGAAGCCCAGAACCAAUCAACUUGUACCACAAAGUUGGACAUGGCACAUUGGAUAUGUUUGUUUUAAAUCCGUCCAAAGACUCCAAAUAUGUACGUGAUUUUUUAAAAAGAUGGCAUAACAGUGAACAAAAACUUUUUGAAGGUGCUAGUGCAUCUGGACCUUUUAAUUUUCCAAUUCCCAACUUAGUAUCAAUAUGUGCAUUAUUAGUUUGGCGGCCAGCAAAUCCUGAUGACAAUAUAACUAGAAUUAUGUUUCCUGGUUCUACCCCACAGCAUAAAAUAUUUGAAGGGUUAGAAAAACUUAAACAUCUUGAAUUUCUUCAACGUCCAACAUAUACAGGACGACAGAUGUCCGCUGCGUCUAACAUUGUAACAAGCAAAACUUCGGCUACUUUGAGUACUGCUGCGCCCAUAAAGAACACAAAAACUCUAGCUUCCAAGAUAAAUCGAGAGAAGAUUGAAAAAAAAGAUGAAAAGAGUAUUGAGACUGAUAUGCAGGUUUCAAAGUUUGAUAAAAUUAAAGAGGUUUCCAAUAAUGUUAUUGACAAUAAGUUAAUAAGUGAACUUGUUGAUGAAGAGAAUAAACAACUAGAAUCUGUUUUAAAUGAGGCCAUUAUAAGUCAUGUGGACACAAAAUUAGAUGAAAAAAUACUUCAAACUGAUAUCGCAAAAGAUAGCAAGCAGAAGAAAGGCAAGAAAAAAGAAAAAUCUACAGAUAUAAAGACUAAACGGAUGGAUAAAACCGACGAAACCAAAGAUACUACUCACUCAAAGUUCGACACAAAGAAAAUCGAUGUAGACAAUAAAUUAAAAGCUGAAGCAAAGAAAAAAUCAGAAAAACCUAAGUCUGAAUUAUAUGCCACAAAAAGUAGAACAAAUCGGAUAACGCAAAAAAUUACAGAUCGAAAAACUACGACUUCUUUAGAUAAGAAAAUUGUGGCUGAUGACAAAAAAUCGCCGCCCGCAACACCAAAGAAAUCCAUUGAUGUCAAAAGUCAGUCGCAGUUAGCUAAAGACAAAGUAAAACUAAAGACCAGAAAAGUUAGCCCCGGAAGCACUCCAGCAAAAAGCGUUAAAGAAGCUAGCAACAGAAGAGUUGUUGAGUCGAAAUAUAAACAAGCUUCGCCGAAACGGGAUUUAAUACAAAAAGCAGGUGAAAAAAGGGAACCUAAAAUGAAAAGAGAGCCAAUAUCUAGAAGACCUAGGCCAGUUACAUCGCCAAUUAAGGGACUCAAAUCUGCUAAGAGUCCAUCAAAGAGUAUAAAAUCUUCAAAGGCUGAUACAUCUAAGCUUAUGGGAUUACAAAGAGUUAAUUACGAAGAUAUAUUAAAAGAGGCUAAAAAGUCUGAUGAGGAAACCUCAAAAUCUUUCGAUGAGAUCAAACAGCAAGAGUUUGAUGAGCGAGAAGAGCAAGAAAUUGUUAGAGAAAUCGAAGCGGUCUUUAAUAGAGAUAGUGAAGUGGAAGAACGAGUAGAAUACGUUGGCAGAUCUGAUAUAGAAAAGAUCACUUGUCUACUAGAUGAUACUAAAACAGGAAACAUUGACGGUGAUUUUGAAGAAGAGUAUUUAAUUAUAGAAAAGGAAGAAGUCGAACAAUAUACAGAAGAUUCUAUCGUUGAGAAAGAAGAUGAGCUACGGAAACACAUAAAAGAUAAAGAGGAAUCUGAAAAGAAGCAAAUCAGUGAAAUAAAAGCGGAUCUCAAGCCUGAAACCAUAACUCAAAAUGGUGACCAAGAUAAACGUCUAGAUUCUAAAGAGCAUUCAAUAAGUGUUGAAGAAAAACAAGAUAUUAGUAGUGAAAAAAAGACAUCAGAUAGCAAAAGUGCUAUGAAACCAAAAGACUCAAUUGAGAAUAUAAUACAAGAAUCACAGCCUGAAGAGAAAGUAUCAACCACAAUUGAAUCAGGCGCCACAACGGCACCUACACUACCCGAAGAUGAACGAAUUACGUUAGAUGAUAUAAAAGAAGAUGAGUUGGUUGAAGAAAAAUAUGUAAAGGAACAAACAAAGGAAGUUGCCGCCCCCAAAACUUUAAUUGACAUACAAAAUCUUACUAGCUUCGAAAAAAGUUCUAAACAAACUCCACAGCAGACACUUAUAAGAGAAAUAGUAAAAACACCUGACGAAGUAGCUGAUUUACCAUUACACGAAGAAGUUGAUUAUAGGACUUACGAGGAAAAAAAGACUCCUGGCGAAGAUGUUAGUAAACGUAAAAUUGAUAUACUUCAAAAAGACAUUAAAGUUCCUAAAGACCUGGCUAUAAUAAUUAAACCCACCUCACCUAAAGAAACAAAUACUAUUCAAGAUGUGAUUGUUAGUACAACUCAACGUCUGUCACACCCGGAAUUGGUGACCGUAACUCCGGGUUCUGCUCCUGACUCACCUAUGUAUCAGGAACCCUCUAAGCUUGAAAAAUCUGUAAAAUCUUUGGACCCUGUAAAAGAAUACGAUGAUGAACGAUACAACUUUUCACAAUUUACUGAAAAACUCAGAGAAACGCAUAUAACAACUGUUGAUUCGCCAAUUAAAGAUGAUAUUGUGGUUAUUGAAGAACUACAUAUGCCAGAAAAGAUACCUUCAAUACCAGAAGAUGUAGAAAAAGAAAUUGAAGAAGCUCAAAUUUUAGAACAAACUGACAAACCUCCCAUCAGUCCUAAAGAAGUAGAAAAAAUUGUUGCUGAUGUUGCUGAAGUUUUAAAAUCGGAUAAAUCCUUGGAUGAAUUAAUUGCAGAAAAAUCACCAAUCUUAUUAAAAUCCCCAGAAAAAUUAUUGCCUUGCGAAAAUAUCGCCGAAAUUACAACAGAUUUCUUGUUUGAUCAAAGAAAAAUAACUUCAAUUAAAGAUGAGUUACUAUCAAAAAGUGAUGAAGUUGACACUGUUAUUAAAUCAGAUACUCCGAUUGAGAAAACUCAGAAAGAAGUAUCGCCUAUUAAAUCGCUUACAUCUGAAGAUAUCAGCGACCCUUCAGAAAAAACUGUACUAAGCGAAACAAAAAAAAUAAAGACAGACAAUAAUACUUUAACAUGUGUAUUGCCAGAGGUAGAACAAGAAACUGAUGGCCAAUUGACAGAAAAACGAGUAAGCAUCACAUUGGAUUCUGCUAAAACAUUAGAAAAGUUAGAAGAAAAGAUGGCGGACCUUAAACAAAAGGAACAAAUCAAAAGUACUGAGUUAAUUGCUCCUUCAUUGGACACUAAAGACAUUAAACAAACAGAUAAAACAAAAGAAGAAAUUCUUGUUAAAGAAAAAGAACAAAUUGAUGAGACAAUUGUGAAGGAACCGACGAAGGAAAAGAAAAAUGAGAGUAAAUCUGUAAUAGGAAGUUUUAUGGAUAAGUUUGACGAGAAGCUAAGCAAAGCUAAAGGUUUGUUUAGUAGAAAGAGUGAUAAAAUUGCUGAAACUUCAAAAGAAAAAAUAAAAACAGAAGAUACACAUAAAACUGUUCUUGAAACCACUUACAAAGAUCUAACAGAUUUUGAAAAAGAUAUGAUAGAAUUGUUGUCUUUCAAUGAAGAUAUACAAGAUUAUUUGACAAACUACAUUAUCUUUGAUGAACCAGAGGAAACAAUUUUAGAGAAAAAAGAGGAGGUUAAUGAGAAUAAUACCAUUAUCAAAAGACUUACUGUGACUCGAAUAAUCAAAACUAAAUUUAUGCAUAAAAAUGGAAUAAUUCAAAAGUUAAAGAUUGUCACUAUAAUAACAACGACAAAUGAAUAUCCCAAUGGUAAUAUAAUAAUUGUUAAUGAUGGAAGUGCUAUGUUGACUGAUAUCAACGAUAAAACUGAAUUUCAAAUCAACGAACUAGCUGACUUCACCAUCCUCGAAAAUCAAGCAAUUGAUAAAAAACAAAAAGAAGAUAUUGUCUUAUUAAGGAAUAAACAUAUAAAACAAAAAUUGUCUAUUGUAACAGUAAAAGACAUACUCACAACUCAAAACAAACUAAAACAUAAGGAAAAACUGACAGUAAAUACGACUAAAGAGAUGUUCAUUAGAGACGUUCCUACAAUUGUCAAUGUCAUUACAAUUUUUAUUUCCGAUUACAAUUUAAAGACCAAAAUCGUCGACAACAAAAAACUCGCUAAAGUCGUUAUCACAGCAAAACAAACUUUAGAUACAAAUGGCACUACAAUUAUAAUGAAAGAUAAAGAUUUGCAAGUAAAAGACGUAAUACAGAAGGAUAAAGGUCCAUCUAAAGAAGCUUCAGUAAUCAUUAUUCAAGAGAAAGAACAAGGCUUAAUAAAAGACUCAAGUCCUGUUAAAAAUGAUACUUUGACAAAGUCUAAAGUCAUUGGCAAGGAUGAAAGCCCAUCUGAAGAAAUUCCAGGAAAGGUUGCUAGCCCUAUACAGGACCAAGGACCAAGUCCUGCUUUAGAAAAAGAACCAAGUCCUGUUAAAGACGGUCCUUUGGCCAAGGAAGAUGUCAUCGAUAAGGAUGUAAGCCCGCCUAAAGAAUUCCCAGAAAAGACGGCUAGCCCUAUCCAGGAAAAAGUACCAAGUCCUGCAUUAGAGAAGGAACCAAGACCUGUAAAAGAUAUUCCUUUGACCAAGAAAGAUGUCAUCAAAAAGGACGUAAGCCCGCCAAGAGAAAUUCCAGAAAAGUUGGCUAGCCCUAUCCAGGACAAAGUACCAAGUCCUGCAUUAGAAAAGGAUGCAAGCCCUGUAAAAGAUGUUACUUUGACCACAGAAGAUGUCAUCGAAAAGGAUGUCAGCCCAUCUAAAGCAAUUCCAGAAAAGGCCGCUAGCCCUAUACAGGACAAAGUUCCAAGUCCUGCUUUAGAAAAGGAACCAAGCACUGAAAAAGAUGUUUCUUUAACCAAGGAAGAUGUCAUCAAAAAGGAUGUAAGCCCGCCAAGAGAAAUUCCAGUAAAGUCGGCUAGCCCUAUCCAGGACAAAGUACCAAGUCCUGCAUUAGAAAAGGAACCAAGCCCUGAAAAAGAUGAUUCUUUAACCAAGGAAGAUGUCAUCAAAAAGGAUGUAAGCCCUCCAAGAGAAAUUCCAGAAAAGUCGGCUAGCCCUAUCCAGGACAAAGUACCAAGUCCUGCUUUAGAAAAGGAUGCAAGCCCUGUAAAAGAUGUUACUUUGACCACAGAAGAUGUCAUCGAAAAGGAUGUCAGCCCAUCUAAAGCAACUCCAGAAAAGGCCGCUAGCCCUAUACAGGACAAAGUACCAAGUCCUUCUUUAGAAAAGGAACCAAGCACUGAAAAAGAUGUUUCUUUAACCAAGGAAGAUGUCAUCAAAAAGGAUGUAAGCCCGCCAAGAGAAAUUCCAGUAAAGUCCGCUAGCCCUAUCCAGGACAAAGUACCAAGUCCUGCAUUAGAAAAGGAACCAAGCCCUGAAAAAGAUGUUUCUUUAACCAAAGAAGAUGUCAUCAAAAAGGAUGUAAGCCCGCCUAGAGAAAUUCCAGAAAAGUCGGCUAGCCCUAUCCAGGACAAGGAACCAAGUCCUGUAUUAGAAAAAGAAGCAAGACCUGUAAAAGAUAUUUCUUUGACCAAGGAAGAUGUCAUCAAAAAAGACGUAAGCCCGCCUAGAGAAAUUCCAGAAAAGUCGGCUAGCCCUAUCCAGGACAAGGAACCAAGUCCUGCAUUAGAAAAGGAUGCAAGCCCUGUAAAAGAUGUUACUUUGACCCAGGAAGAUGACAUCGAAAAGGAUGUCAGCCCAUCUAAAGCAAUUCCAGAAAAGGCCGCUAGCCCUAUACAGGACAAAGUACCAAGUCCUGCUUUAGAAAAGGAACCAAGCCCUGAAAAAGAUGUUUCUUUAACCAAAGAAGAUGUCAUCAAAAAAGAUGUAAGCCCGCCUAGAGAAAUUCCAGAAAAGUCGGCUAGCCCUAUCCAGGACAAGGAACCAAGUCCUGCAUUAGAAAAGGAUGCAAGCCCUGUAAAAGAUGUUACUUUGACCACAGAAGAUGUCAUCAAAAAGGAUGUCAGCCCAUCUAAAGCAAUUCCAGAAAAGGCCGCUAGCCCAAUACAGGACAAAGUACCAAGUCCUGCUUUAGAAAAGGAACCAAGCACUGAAAAAGAUGUUUCUUUAACCAAGGAAGAUGUCAUCAAAAAGGAUGUAAGCCCGCCAAGAGAAAUUCCAGUAAAGUCGGCUAGCCCUAUCCAGGACAAAGUACCAAGUCCUGCAUUAGAAAAGGAACCAAGCCCUGAAAAAGAUGUUUCUUUAACCAAAGAAGAUGUCAUCAAAAAAGAUGUAAGCCCGCCUAGAGAAAUUCCAGAAAAGUCGGCUAGCCCUAUCCAGGACAAGGAACCAAGUCCUGCAUUAGAAAAGGAUGCAAGCCCUGUAAAAGAUGUUACUUUGACCAUGGAAGAUGUCAUCAAAAAGGAUGUCAGCCCAUCUAAAGCAAUUCCAGAAAAGGCCGCUAGCCCAAUACAGGACAAAGUACCAAGUCCUGCUUUAGAAAAGGAACCAAGCACUGAAAAAGAUGUUUCUUUAACCAAGGAAGAUGUCAUCAAAAAGGAUGUAAGCCCGCCAAGAGAAAUUCCAGAAAAGUCGGCUAGCCCUAUCCAAGACAAGGAACCAAGUCCUGCAUUAGAAAAGGAUGCAAGCCCUGUAAAAGAUGUUACUUUGACCACAGAAGAUGUCAUCGAAAAGGAUGUCAGCCCAUCUAAAGCAAUUCCAGAAAAGGCCGCUAGCCCUAUACAGGACAAAGUACCAAGUCCUGCUUUAGAAAAGGAACCAAGCCCUGAAAAAGAUGUUUCUUUAACCAAAGAAGAUGUCAUCAAAAAAGAUGUAAGCCCGCCUAGAGAAAUUCCAGAAAAGUCGGCUAGCCCUAUCCAGGACAAGGAACCAAGUCCUGCAUUAGAAAAGGAUGCAAGCCCUGUAAAAGAUGUUACUUUGACCACAGAAGAUGUCAUCGAAAAGGAUGUCAGCCCAUCUAAAGCAAUUCCAGAAAAGGCCGCUAGCCCUAUACAGGACAAAGUACCAAGUCCUGCUUUAGAAAAGGAACCAAGCACUGAAAAAGAUGUUUCUUUAACCAAGGAAGAUGUCAUCAAAAAGGAUGUAAGCCCGCCAAGAGAAAUUCCAGAAAAGGCCGCUAGCCCUAUACAGGACAAAGUACCAAGUCCUUCUUUAGAAAAGGAACCAAGCACUGAAAAAGAUGUUUCUUUAACCAAGGAAUAUGUCAUCAAAAAGGAUGUAAGCCCGCCAAGAGAAAUUCCAGUAAAGUCCGCUAGCCCUAUCCAGGACAAAGUACCAAGUCCUGCAUUAGAAAAGGAACCAAGCCCUGUAAAAGAUGUUACUUUGACCAUGGAAGAUGUCAUCAAAAAGGAUGUCAGCCCAUCUAAAGCAAUUCCAGAAAAGGCCGCUAGCCCAAUACAGGACAAAGUACCAAGUCCUGCUUUAGAAAAGGAACCAAGCACUGAAAAAGAUGUUUCUUUAACCAAGGAAGAUGUCAUCAAAAAGGAUGUAAGCCCGCCAAGAGAAAUUCCAGAAAAGUCGGCUAGCCCUAUCCAAGACAAGGAACCAAGUCCUGCAUUAGAAAAGGAUGCAAGCCCUGUAAAAGAUGUUACUUUGACCACAGAAGAUGUCAUCGAAAAGGAUGUCAGCCCAUCUAAAGCAAUUCCAGAAAAGGCCGCUAGCCCUAUACAGGACAAAGUACCAAGUCCUGCUUUAGAAAAGGAACCAAGCCCUGAAAAAGAUGUUUCUUUAACCAAAGAAGAUGUCAUCAAAAAAGAUGUAAGCCCGCCUAGAGAAAUUCCAGAAAAGUCGGCUAGCCCUAUCCAGGACAAGGAACCAAGUCCUGCAUUAGAAAAGGAUGCAAGCCCUGUAAAAGAUGUUACUUUGACCACAGAAGAUGUCAUCGAAAAGGAUGUCAGCCCAUCUAAAGCAAUUCCAGAAAAGGCCGCUAGCCCUAUACAGGACAAAGUACCAAGUCCUGCUUUAGAAAAGGAACCAAGCACUGAAAAAGAUGUUUCUUUAACCAAGGAAGAUGUCAUCAAAAAGGAUGUAAGCCCGCCAAGAGAAAUUCCAGAAAAGGCCGCUAGCCCUAUACAGGACAAAGUACCAAGUCCUUCUUUAGAAAAGGAACCAAGCACUGAAAAAGAUGUUUCUUUAACCAAGGAAUAUGUCAUCAAAAAGGAUGUAAGCCCGCCAAGAGAAAUUCCAGUAAAGUCCGCUAGCCCUAUCCAAGACAAGGAACCAAGUCCUGCAUUAGAAAAGGAUGCAAGCCCUGUAAAAGAUGUUACUUUGACCACAGAAGAUGUCAUCGAAAAGGAUGUCAGCCCAUCUAAAGCAAUUCCAGAAAAGGCCGCUAGUCCUAUACAGGACAAAGUACCAAGUCCUGCUUUAGAAAAGGAACCAAGCCCUGAAAAAGAUGUUUCUUUAACCAAAGAAGAUGUCAUCAAAAAAGAUGUAAGCCCGCCUAGAGAAAUUCCAGAAAAGUCGGCUAGCCCUAUCCAGGACAAGGAACCAAGUCCUGCAUUAGAAAAGGAUGCAAGCCCUGUAAAAGAUGUUACUUUGACCACAGAAGAUGUCAUCGAAAAGGAUGUCAGCCCAUCUAAAGCAAUUCCAGAAAAGGCCGCUAGCCCUAUACAGGACAAAGUACCAAGUCCUGCUUUAGAAAAGGAACCAAGCACUGAAAAAGAUGUUUCUUUAACCAAGGAAGAUGUCAUCAAAAAGGAUGUAAGCCCGCCAAGAGAAAUUCCAGAAAAGGCCGCUAGCCCUAUACAGGACAAAGUACCAAGUCCUUCUUUAGAAAAGGAACCAAGCACUGAAAAAGAUGUUUCUUUAACCAAGGAAUAUGUCAUCAAAAAGGAUGUAAGCCCGCCAAGAGAAAUUCCAGUAAAGUCCGCUAGCCCUAUCCAGGACAAAGUACCAAGUCCUGCAUUAGAAAAGGAACCAAGCCCUGUAAAAGAUGUUACUUUGACCAUGGAAGAUGUCAUCAAAAAGGAUGUCAGCCCAUCUAAAGCAAUUCCAGAAAAGGCCGCUAGCCCAAUACAGGACAAAGUACCAAGUCCUGCUUUAGAAAAGGAACCAAGCACUGAAAAAGAUGUUUCUUUAACCAAGGAAGAUGUCAUCAAAAAGGAUGUAAGCCCGCCAAGAGAAAUUCCAGAAAAGUCGGCUAGCCCUAUCCAAGACAAGGAACCAAGUCCUGCAUUAGAAAAGGAUGCAAGCCCUGUAAAAGAUGUUACUUUGACCACAGAAGAUGUCAUCGAAAAGGAUGUCAGCCCAUCUAAAGCAAUUCCAGAAAAGGCCGCUAGCCCUAUACAGGACAAAGUACCAAGUCCUGCUUUAGAAAAGGAACCAAGCCCUGAAAAAGAUGUUUCUUUAACCAAAGAAGAUGUCAUCAAAAAAGAUGUAAGCCCGCCUAGAGAAAUUCCAGAAAAGUCGGCUAGCCCUAUCCAGGACAAGGAACCAAGUCCUGCAUUAGAAAAGGAUGCAAGCCCUGUAAAAGAUGUUACUUUGACCACAGAAGAUGUCAUCGAAAAGGAUGUCAGCCCAUCUAAAGCAAUUCCAGAAAAGGCCGCUAGCCCUAUACAGGACAAAGUACCAAGUCCUGCUUUAGAAAAGGUACCAAGCACUGAAAAAGAUGUUUCUUUAACCAAGGAAGAUGUCAUCAAAAAGGAUGUAAGCCCGCCAAGAGAAAUUCCAGAAAAGUCGGCUAGCCCUAUCCAGGACAAAGUACCAAGUCCUGCAUUAGAAAAGGAUGCAAGCCCUGUAAAAGAUGUUACUUUGACCCAGGAAGAUAUCAUCGAAAAGGAUGUCAGCCCAUCUAAAGCAAUUCCAGAAAAGGCCGCUAGCCCUAUACAGGACAAAGUACCAAGUCCUGCUUUAGAAAAGGAACCAAGCCCUGAAAAAGAUGUUUCUUUAACCAAGGAAGAUGUCAUCAAAAAGGAUGUAAGCCCGCCAAGAGAAAUUCCAGUAAAGUCGGCUAGCCCUAUCCAGGACAAAGUACCAAGUCCUGCAUUAGAAAAGGAACCAAGCCCUGAAAAAGAUGUUUCUUUAACCAAAGAAGAUGUCAUCAAAAAGGAUGUAAGCCCGCCAAGAGAAAUUCCAGAAAAGUCGGCUAGCCCUAUCCCGGACAAAGUACCAAGUCCUGCAUUAGAAAAGGAUGCAAGCCCUGUAAAAGAUGUUACUUUGACCCAGGAAGAUGUCAUCGAAAAGGAUGUCAGCCCAUCCAAAGCAAUUCCAGAAAAGGCCGCUAGCCCUAAACAGGACAAAGUACCAAGUCCUGCUUUAGAAAAGGAACCAAGCCCGGAAAAAGAUGUUUCUUUAACCAAGGAAGAUGUCAUCAAAAAGGAUGUAAGCCCGCCAAGAGAAAUUCCAGAAAAGUCGGCUAGUCCUAUCCAGGACAAAGUACCAAGUCCAGCAUUAGAAAAGGAUGCAAGCCCUGUAAAAGAUGUUACUUUGACCACAGAAGAUGUCAUCGAAAAGGAUGUCAGCCCAUCUAAAGCAAUUCCAGAAAAGGCCGCUAGCCCUAUACAGGACAAAGUACCAAGUCCUGCUUUAGAAAAGGAACCAAGCACUGAAAAAGAUGUUUCUUUAACCAAGGAAGAUGUCAUCAAAAAGGAUGUAAGCCCGCCAAGAGAAAUUCCAGAAAAGGCCGCUAGCCCUAUACAGGACAAAGUACCAAGUCCUUCUUUAGAAAAGGAACCAAGCACUGAAAAAGAUGUUUCUUUAACCAAGGAAUAUGUCAUCAAAAAGGAUGUAAGCCCGCCAAGAGAAAUUCCAGUAAAGUCCGCUAGCCCUAUCCAGGACAAAGUACCAAGUCCUGCAUUAGAAAAGGAACCAAGCCCUGUAAAAGAUGUUACUUUGACCAUGGAAGAUGUCAUCAAAAAGGAUGUCAGCCCAUCUAAAGCAAUUCCAGAAAAGGCCGCUAGCCCAAUACAGGACAAAGUACCAAGUCCUGCUUUAGAAAAGGAACCAAGCACUGAAAAAGAUGUUUCUUUAACCAAGGAAGAUGUCAUCAAAAAGGAUGUAAGCCCGCCAAGAGAAAUUCCAGAAAAGUCGGCUAGCCCUAUCCAAGACAAGGAACCAAGUCCUGCAUUAGAAAAGGAUGCAAGCCCUGUAAAAGAUGUUACUUUGACCACAGAAGAUGUCAUCGAAAAGGAUGUCAGCCCAUCUAAAGCAAUUCCAGAAAAGGCCGCUAGCCCUAUACAGGACAAAGUACCAAGUCCUGCUUUAGAAAAGGAACCAAGCCCUGAAAAAGAUGUUUCUUUAACCAAAGAAGAUGUCAUCAAAAAAAAUGUAAGCCCGCCUAGAGAAAUUCCAGAAAAGUCGGCUAGCCCUAUCCAGGACAAGGAACCAAGUCCUGCAUUAGAAAAGGAUGCAAGCCCUGUAAAAGAUGUUACUUUGACCACAGAAGAUGUCAUCGAAAAGGAUGUCAGCCCAUCUAAAGCAAUUCCAGAAAAGGCCGCUAGCCCUAUACAGGACAAAGUACCAAGUCCUGCUUUAGAAAAGGUACCAAGCACUGAAAAAGAUGUUUCUUUAACCAAGGAAGAUGUCAUCAAAAAGGAUGUAAGCCCGCCAAGAGAAAUUCCAGAAAAGUCGGCUAGCCCUAUCCAGGACAAAGUACCAAGUCCUGCAUUAGAAAAGGAUGCAAGCCCUGUAAAAGAUGUUACUUUGACCCAGGAAGAUAUCAUCGAAAAGGAUGUCAGCCCAUCUAAAGCAAUUCCAGAAAAGGCCGCUAGCCCUAUACAGGACAAAGUACCAAGUCCUGCUUUAGAAAAGGAACCAAGCCCUGAAAAAGAUGUUUCUUUAACCAAGGAAGAUGUCAUCAAAAAGGAUGUAAGCCCGCCAAGAGAAAUUCCAGUAAAGUCGGCUAGCCCUAUCCAGGACAAAGUACCAAGUCCUGCAUUAGAAAAGGAACCAAGCCCUGAAAAAGAUGUUUCUUUAACCAAAGAAGAUGUCAUCAAAAAGGAUGUAAGCCCGCCAAGAGAAAUUCCAGAAAAGUCGGCUAGCCCUAUCCCGGACAAAGUACCAAGUCCUGCAUUAGAAAAGGAUGCAAGCCCUGUAAAAGAUGUUACUUUGACCCAGGAAGAUGUCAUCGAAAAGGAUGUCAGCCCAUCCAAAGCAAUUCCAGAAAAGGCCGCUAGCCCUAAACAGGACAAAGUACCAAGUCCUGCUUUAGAAAAGGAACCAAGCCCGGAAAAAGAUGUUUCUUUAACCAAGGAAGAUGUCAUCAAAAAGGAUGUAAGCCCGCCAAGAGAAAUUCCAGAAAAGUCGGCUAGUCCUAUCCAGGACAAAGUACCAAGUCCAGCAUUAGAAAAGGAAGCAAGUCCUGUAAUAGAUAUUUCUAUGACCAAGGAAGAUGUCAUCAAAAAAGAUGUAAGCCCGCCUAGAGAAAUUCCAGAAAAGACGGCUAGCCCUAUCCAGGACAAAGUACCAAGUCCUGCAUUAGAAAAGGAACCAAGCCCUGAAAAAGAUGUUUCUUUAACCAAAGAAGAUGUCAUCAAAAAAGAUGUAAGCCCGCCUAGAGAAAUUCCAGAAAAGUCGGCUAGCCCUAUCCAGGACAAGGAACCAAGUCCUGCAUUAGAAAAGGAAGCAAGACCUGUAAAAGAUAUUUCUUUGACCAAGGAAGAUGUCAUCAAAAAAGUUGUAAGCCCGCCUAGAGAUAUUCCAGAAAAGUCGGCUAGCCCUAUCCAGGACAAGGAACCAAGUCCUGCAUUAGAAAAGGAUGCAAGCCCUGUAAAAGAUGUUACUUUGACCCAGGAAGAUGUCAUCGAAAAGGAUGUCAGCCCAUCUAAAGCAAUUCCAGAAAAGGCCGCUAGCCCUAUACAGGACAAAGUACCAAGUCCUGCUUUAGAAAAGGAACCAAGCCCUGAAAAAGAUGUUUCUUUAACCAAGGAAGAUGUCAUCAAAAAGGAUGUAAGCCCGCCAAGAGAAAUUCCAGAAAAGUCGGCUAGCCCUAUCCAGGACAAGGGACCAAGUCCUGCAUUAGAAAAGGAUGCAAGCCCUGUAAAAGAUGUUUCUUUAACCAAGGAAGAUGUCAUCAAAAAGGAUGUAAGCCCACCAAGUGAAAUUCCAGAAAAGUCGGCUAGCCCUAUACAGGACAAAGUACCAAGUCCUGCAUUAGAAAAGGAUGCCAGCCCUGUAAAAGAUGUUACUUUGACCAAGGAAGAUGUCAUCAAAAAGGAUGUAAGCCCAUCUAAAGCAAUUCCAGAAAAGGCCGCUAGCCCAAUACAGGACAAGGUACCAAGUCCUGCGUUAGAAAAGGAUGCAAGCCCUGUAAAAGAUGUUAGUUUGACCACAGAUGUCAUCGAAAAGGAUGUCAGCCCAUCUAAAGCAAUUCCAGAAAAGGCCGCUAGCCCUAUACAGGACAAAGUACCAAGUCCUGCUUUAGAAAAGGAACCAAGCCCUGAAAAAGAUGUUUCUUUAACCAAGGAAGAUAUCAUCAAAAAGGAUGUAAGCCCGCCAAGAGAAAUUCCAGAAAAGUCGGCUAGCCCUAUCCAGGACAAGGGACCAAGUCCUGCAUUAGAAAAGGAUGCAAGCCCUGUAAAAGAUGUUUCUUUAACCAAGGAAGAUGUCAUCAAAAAGGAUGUAAGCCCGCCAAGUGAAAUUCCAGAAAAGUCGGCUAGCCCUAUACAGGACAAAGUACCAAGUCCUGCUUUAGAAAAGGAACCAAGCCCUGAAAAAGAUGUUUCUUUAACCAAGGAAGAUGUCAUCAAAAAGGAUGUAAGCCCGCCAAGAGAAAUUCCAGUAAAGUCGGCUAGCCCUAUCCAGGACAAAGUACCAAGUCCUGCAUUAGAAAAGGAUGCAAGCCCUGUAAAAGAUGUUACUUUGACCACAGAAGAUGUCAUCGAAAAGGAUGUCAGCCCAUCAAAAGCAAUUCCAGAAAAGGCCGCUAGCCCUAUACAGGACAAGGUACAAAGUCCUGCGUUAGAAAAGGAAGCAAGCCCUGUAAAAGAUGUUACUUUAACCAAGGAAGAUGUCAUCGAUAAGGGUGUAAGCCCAUCUAAAGAAAUUCAACAAAAGGCCGCUAGCCCGAUUCAAGACAAGGAACCAAGUCCUGCUUUAGAAAAGGAACCAAGCCCUGUAAAAGAUAUUAUUUUGACCACAGAAGAUGUCAUCGUAAAGGAUGUCAGCCCAUCAAAAGCAAUUCCAGAAAAGGCCGCUAGCCCUAUACAGGACAAAGUAACAAUUCCUGCUUUAGAAAAGGAACCAAGCCCUGAAAAAGAUGUUUCUUUAACCAAGGAAGAUGUCAUCAAAAAGGAUGUAAGCCCGCCAAGAGAAAUUCCAGUAAAGUCGGCUAGCCCUAUCCAGGACAAAGUACCAAGUCCUGCUUUAGAAAAGGAUGCAAGCCCUGUAAAAGAUGUUACUUUGACCACAGAAGAUGUCAUCGAAAAGGAUGUCAGCCCAUCAAAAGCAAUUCCAGAAAAGGCCGCUAGCCCUAUACAGGACAAGGUACCAAGUCCUGCGUUAGAAAAGGAAGCAAGCCCUGUAAAAGAUGUUACUUUAACCAAGGAAGAUGUCAUCGAUAAGGGUGUAAGCCCAUCUAAAGAAAUUCAACAAAAGGCCGCUAGCCCAAUUCAAGACAAGGAGCCAAGUCCUGCAUUAGAAAAGGAUGCAAGCCCUGUAAAAGAUGUAACUUUGACCACAGAAGAUGUCAUCGACACGAAUGUCAGCCCAUCUAAAGCAAUUCCAGAAAAGUCGGCUUGCCCUAUCCAGGACAAAGUACCAAGUCCUGCUUUAGAAAAGGAACCAAGCCCUGAAAAAGAUGUUUCUUUAACCAAGGAAGAUGUCAUCAAAAAGGAUGUAAGCCCGCAAAGAGAAAUUCCAGUAAAGUCGGCUAGCCCUAUCCAGGACAAAGUACCAAGUCCUGCUUUAGAAAAGAAACCAAGCCCUGAAAAAGAUGUUUCUUUAACCAAGGAAGAUGUCAUCAAAAAGGAUGUAAGCCCGCAAAGAGAAAUUCCAGUAAAGUCGGCUAGCCCUAUCCAGGACAAAGUACCAAGUCCUGCAUUAGAAAAGGAUACAAUCCCUGUAAAAGAUGUUACUUUGACCACAGAAGAUGUCAUCGAAAAGGAUGUCAGCCCAUCAAAAGCAAUUCCAGAAAAGGCCGCUAGCCCUAUACAGGACAAGGUACCAAGUCCUGCGUUAGAAAAGGAAGCAAGCCCUGUAAAAGAUGUUAUUUUAACCAAGGAAGAUGUCAUCGAUACGGGUGUAAGCCUAUCUAAAGAAAUUCAACAAAAGGCCGCUAGCCCAAUUCAAGACAAGGAACCAAGUCCUGCAUUAGAAAAGGAUGCAAGCCCUGUAAAAGAUGUAACUUUGACCACAGAAGAUGUCAUCGACACGGAUGUCAGCCCAUCUAAAGCAAUUCCAGAAAAGGCCGCUAGCCCUAUCCAGGACAAAGAACCAAGUCCUACAUUAGAAAAGGAAGCAAGCCCUGUAAAAGAUGUUACUUUGACCAAGGAAGAUGUCAUCAAAAAGGAUGUAAGCCCGCAAAGAGAAAUUCCAGUAAAGUCGGCUAGCCCUAUCCAGGACAAAGUACCAAGUCCUGCUUUAGAAAAGGAACCAAGCCCUGAAAAAGAUGUUUCUUUAACCAAGGAAGAUGUCAUCAAAAAGGAUGUAAGCCCGCAAAGAGAAAUUCCAGUAAAGUCGUCUAGCCCUAUCCAGGACAAAAUACCAAGUCCUGCUUUAGAAAAGGAACCAAGCCCUGAAGAAGAUGUUUCUUUAACCAAGGACGAUGUCAUCAAAAUGGAUGUAAGCCCGCAAAGAGAAAUUCCAGUAAAGUCGGCUAGCCCUAUCCAGGACAAAGUACCAAGUCCUGCAUUAGAAAAGGAUACAAUCCCUGUAAAAGAUGUUACUUUGACCACAGAAGAUGUCAUCGAAAAGGAUGUCAGCCCAUCAAAAGCAAUUCCAGAAAAGGCCGCUAGCCCUAUACAGGACAAGGUACCAAGUCCUGCGUUAGAAAAGGAAGCAAGCCCUGUAAAAGAUGUUAUUUUAACCAAGGAAGAUUUCAUCGAUACGGGUGUAAGCCUAUCUAAAGAAAUUCAACAAAAGGCCGCUAGCCCAAUUCAAGACAAGGAACCAAGUCCUGCAUUAGAAAAGGAUGCAAGCCCUGUAAAAGAUGUAACUUUGACCACAGAAGAUGUCAUCGACACGGAUGUCAGCCCAUCUAAAGCAAUUCCAGAAAAGGCCGCUAGCCCUAUCCAGGACAAAGAACCAAGUCCUACAUUAGAAAAGGAAGCAAGCCCUGUAAAAGAUGUUACUUUGACCAAGGAAGAUGUCAUCAAAAAGGAUGUAAGCCCGCAAAGAGAAAUUCCAGUAAAGUCGGCUAGCCCUAUCCAGGACAAAGUACCAAGUCCUGCUUUAGAAAAGGAACCAAGCCCUGAAAAAGAUGUUUCUUUAACCAAGGAAGAUGUCAUCAAAAAGGAUGUAAGCCCGCAAAGAGAAAUUCCAGUAAAGUCGUCUAGCCCUAUCCAGGACAAAAUACCAAGUCCUGCUUUAGAAAAGGAACCAAGCCCUGAAGAAGAUGUUUCUUUAACCAAGGACGAUGUCAUCAAAAAGGAUGUAAGCCCGCAAAGAGAAAUUCCAGUAAAGUCGGCUAGCCCUAUCCAGGACAAAGUACCAAGUCCUGCAUUAGAAAAGUAUGCAAGCCCUGUAAAAGAUGUUACUUUGACCAAGGAAGAUGUCAUCAAAAAGGAUGUAAGCCCGCCAAGAGAAAUUCCAGAAAAGUCGGCUAGCCCUAUCCAGGACAAGGUACCAAGUCCUGCGUUAGAAAAGGAAGCAAGCCCUUUAAAAGAUGUUACUUUAACCAAAGAAGAUGUCAUCGAUAAGGAUGUAAGCCCGCCAAGAGAAAUUCCAGAAAAGUCGGCUAGCCCUAUCCAGGACAAAGUACCAAGUCCUGCAUUAGAAAAGGAUGCAAGCCCUGUAAAAGAUGUUACUUUAACCAAGGAAGAUGUCAUCGAUAAGGAUGUAAGCCCAUCUGAAGCAAUUCCAGAAAAGGCCGCUAGACCAAUUCAAGACAAGGCACCAAGUCCUGCGUUAGAAAAGGAAGCAAGCCCUGUAAAAGAUGUUACUUUAACCAAGAAAGAUGUCAUCGAUAAGGAUGUAAGCCCAUCUGAAGCAAUUCCAGAAAAGGCUGCUAGCCCAAUUCAAGACAAGGUACCAAGUCCUGCGUUAGAAAAGGAAGCAAGCCCUGUAAAAGAUGUUACUUUAACCAAGAAAAAUGUCAUCAAAAAGGAUGUAAGCCCAUCUAAAGCAAUUCCAGAAAAGGCCGCUAGCCCUAUACAGGACAAGCUACCAAGUCCUGCUUUAGAAAAGGAACCAAGCCCUGAAAAAGAUGUUUCUUUAACCAAGGAAGAUGUCAUCGAUAAGGAUGUAAGCCCGCCAAGAGAAAUUCCAGAAAAGUCGGCUAGCCCUAUCCAGGACAAAGUACCAAGUCCUGCAUUAGAAAAGGAUGCAAGCCCUGUAAAAGAUGUUACUUUAACCAAGGAAGAUGUCAUCGAAAAGGAUGUCAGCCCAUCAAAAGCAAUUCAAGAAACGGCCGCUAGCCCUAUACAGGACAAGGUACCAAGUCCUGCGUUAGAAAAGGAAGCAAGCCCUGUAAAAGAUGUUACUUUAACCAAGGAAGAUGUCAUCGAUAAGGAUGUAAGCCCAUCUGAAGCAAUUCCAGAAAAGGCCGCUAGCCCAAUUCAAGACAAGGUACCAAGUCCUGCGUUAGAAAAGGAAGCAAGCCCUGUAAAAGAUGUUACUUUAACCAAGGAAGAUGUCAUCGAUAAGGAUGUAAGCCCAUCUGAAGCAAUUCCAGAAAAGGCCGCUAGCCCAAUUCAAGACAAGGUACCAAGUCCUGCGUUAGAAAAGGAAGCAAGCCCUGUAAAAGAUGUUACUUUAACCAAGAAAGAUGUCAUCGAUAAGGAUGUAAGCCCAUCUGAAGCAAUUCUAGAAAAGGCUGCUAGCCCAAUUCAAGACAAGGAACCAAGUCCUGCAUUAGAAAAGGAUGCAAGCUCUGUAAAAUAUGUAACUUUGACCACAGAAGAUGUCAUCGACAAGGGUGUAAGCCCAUCUACAGAAAUUCAACAAAAGGCCGCUAGCCCAAUUCAAGACAAGGAACCAAGUCCUGCUUUAGAAAAGGAACCAAGCCCUGAAAAAGAUGUUUCUUUAACCAAGGAAGAUGUCAUCAAAAAGGAUGUAAGCCCGCUAAGAGAAAUUCUAGUAAAGUCGGCUAGCCCUAUCCAGGAGAAAGUACCAAGUCCUGCAUUAGAAAAGGAUGCAAGCCCUGUAAAAGAUGUUACUUUGACCACAGAAGAUGUCAUCGAAAAGGAUGUCAGCCCAUCAAAAGCAAUUCCAGAAAAGGCCUCUAGCCCUAUACAGGACAAGGUACCAAGUCCUGCGUUUGAAAAGGAUGCAAGCCCUGUAAUAGAUGUUACUUUGACCACAGAUGUCAUCGAAAAGAAUGUCAGCCUAUCUAAAGCAAUUCCAGAAAAGGCCGCUAGCCCAAUUCAAGACGAGGUACCAAGUCCUGCAUUAGAAAAGGAACCAAGCCCUGAAAAAGAUGUUUCUUUAACCAAAGAAGAUGUCAUCAAAAAAGAUGUAAGCCCGCCUAAAGAAAUUCCAGAAAAGUCGGCUAGCCCUAUCCAGGACAAGGAACCAAGUCCUGCAUUAGAAAAGGAUGCAAGCCCUGUAAAAGAUGUUACUUUGACCAAGGAAGAUGUCAUCAAAAAGGAUGUAAGCCCGCCAAGAGAAAUUCCAGAAAAGUCGGCUAGCCCUAUCCAGGACAAAGUACCAAGUCCUGAAUUAGAAAAGGAUGCAAGCCCUGUAAAAGAUUUUACUUUGACCACAGAAGAUGUUAUCGAAAAGGAUGUCAGCCCAUCUAAAGCAAUCCCAGAAAAGGUUGCUAGCCCUAUACAGGACAAAGUACCAAGUCCUGCUUUAGAAAAGGAACCAAGCCCUGAAAAAGAUGUUACUUUGACCAAGGAAGAUGUCAUCAAAAAGGAUGUAUGCCCGCCUAGAGAAAUUCCAGAAAAAUCGGCUAGCCCUAUCCAGGACAAAGUACCAAGUCCUACAUUAAAAAAGGAUGCAAGCCCUGUAAAAGAUGUUACUUUAACCAAGGAAGAUGUCAUCAAAAAGGAUGUAAGCCCAUCUAAAGCGAUUCCAGAAAAGGCCGCUAGCCUUAUCCAGGACAAAGAACCAAGUCCUACAUUAGAAAAGGAUGCAAGCCCUGUUAAAGUUGUUACUUUGACCAAGGAAGAUGUCAUCAAAAAGGAUGUAAGCCCGCCAAGAGAAAUUCCAGAAAAGUCGGCUAGCCCUAUCAAGGACAAAGUACCAAGUCCUGCAUUAGAAAAGGAUGCAAGCCCUGUAAAAGAUGUUACUUUGACCACAGAAGAUGUCAUCGAAAAGGAUGUCAGCCCGCCAAGAGAAAUUCCAGAAAAAUCGGCUAGCCCUAUCCAGGACAAAGUACCAAGUCCUACAUUAGAAAAGGAUGCAAGCCCUGUGAAAGAUGUUACUUUGAGCAAGGAAGAUGUCAUCAAAAAGGAUGUCAGCCCAUCUAAAGCAAUUCCAGAAAAGGCUUCUAGCCCUAUUCAAGACAAGGUACCAAGUGCUGCAUUAGAAAAGGAAGCAAGCCCUGAAAAAUAUGUUUCUUUGACCAAAAAAGAUGUCAUCAAAAAGGAUGUAAGCCCGCCUAAAGAAAUUCCAGAAAAGUCGGCUAGCCCUAUCCAGGACAAGGAACCAAGUCCUGCAUUUGAAAAGGAUGCAAGCCCUGUAAAAGAUGUUACUUUGACCAAGGAAGAUGUCAUCAAAAAGGAUGUAAGCCCGCCAAGAGAAAUUCCAGAAAAGUCGGCUAGCCCUAUCCAGGACAAAGUACCAAGUCCUGCAUUAGAAAAGGAUGCAAGCCCUGUAAAAGAUGUUACUUUGACCACAGAAGAUGUUAUCGAAAAGGAUGUCAGCCCAUCUAAAGCAAUCCCAGAAAAGGUUGCUAGCCCUAUACAGGACAAAGUACCAAGUCCUGCUUUAGAAAAGGAACCAAGCCCUGAAAAAGAUGUUACUUUAACCAAGAAAGAUGUCAUCGAUAAGGAUGUAAGCCCAUCUGAAGCAAUUCUAGAAAAGGCUGCUAGCCCAAUUCAAGACAAGGAACCAAGUCCUGCAUUAGAAAAGGAUGCAAGCUCUGUAAAAUAUGUAACUUUGACCACAGAAGAUGUCAUCGACAAGGGUGUAAGCCCAUCUACAGAAAUUCAACAAAAGGCCGCUAGCCCAAUUCAAGACAAGGAACCAAGUCCUGCUUUAGAAAAGGAACCAAGCCCUGAAAAAGAUGUUUCUUUAACCAAGGAAGAUGUCAUCAAAAAGGAUGUAAGCCCGCUAAGAGAAAUUCUAGUAAAGUCGGCUAGCCCUAUCCAGGAGAAAGUACCAAGUCCUGCAUUAGAAAAGGAUGCAAGCCCUGUAAAAGAUGUUACUUUGACCACAGAAGAUGUCAUCGAAAAGGAUGUCAGCCCAUCAAAAGCUAUUCCAGAAAAGGCCUCUAGCCCUAUACAGGACAAGGUACCAAAUGUCAUCGAAAAGAAUGUCAGCCUAUCUAAAGCAAUUCCAGAAAAGGCCGCUAGCCCAAUUCAAGACGAGGUACCAAGUUCUGCAUUAGAAAAGGAACCAAGCCCUGAAAAAGAUGUUUCUUUAACCAAAGAAGAUGUCAUCAAAAAAGAUGUAAGCCCGCCUAAAGAAAUUCCAGAAAAGUCGGCUAGCCCUAUCCAGGACAAGGAACCAAGUCCUGCAUUAGAAAAGGAUGCAAGCCCUGUAAAAGAUGUUACUUUGACCAAGGAAGAUGUCAUCAAAAAGGAUGUAAGCCCGCCAAGAGAAAUUCCAGAAAAGUCGGCUAGCCCUAUCCAGGACAAAGUACCAAGUCCUGAAUUAGAAAAGGAUGCAAGCCCUGUAAAAGAUGUUACUUUGACCACAGAAGAUGUUAUCGAAAAGGAUGUCAGCCCAUCUAAAGCAAUCCCAGAAAAGGUUGCUAGCCCUAUACAGGACAAAGUACCAAGUCCUGCUUUAGAAAAGGAACCAAGCCCUGAAAAAGAUGUUACUUUGACCAAGGAAGAUGUCAUCAAAAAGGAUGUAUGCCCGCCUAGAGAAAUUCCAGAAAAAUCGGCUAGCCCUAUCCAGGACAAAGUACCAAGUCCUACAUUAAAAAAGGAUGCAAGCCCUGUAAAAGAUGUUACUUUAACCAAGGAAGAUGUCAUCAAAAAGGAUGUAAGCCCAUCUAAAGCGAUUCCAGAAAAGGCCGCUAGCCUUAUCCAGGACAAAGAACCAAGUCCUACAUUAGAAAAGGAUGCAAGCCCUGUUAAAGUUGUUACUUUGACCAAGGAAGAUGUCAUCAAAAAGGAUGUAAGCCCGCCAGGAGAAAUUCCAGAAAAGUCGGCUAGCCCUAUCAAGGACAAAGUACCAAGUCCUGCAUUAGAAAAGGAUGCAAGCCCUGUAAAAGAUGUUACUUUGACCACAGAAGAUGUCAUCGAAAAGGAUGUCAGCCCGCCAAGAGAAAUUCCAGAAAAGUCGGCUAGCCCUAUCCAGGACAAAGUACCAAGUCCUACAUUAGAAAAGGAUGCAAGCCCUGUGAAAGAUGUUACUUUGAGCAAGGAAGAUGUCAUCAAAAAGGAUGUCAGCCCAUCUAAAGCAAUUCCAGAAAAGGCUUCUAGCCCUAUUCAAGACAAGGUACCAAGUGCUGCAUUAGAAAAGGAAGCAAGCCCUGAAAAAUAUGUUUCUUUGACCAAAAAAGAUGUCAUCAAAAAGGAUGUAAGCCCGCCUAAAGAAAUUCCAGAAAAGUCGGCUAGCCCUAUCCAGGACAAGGAACCAAGUCCUGCAUUAGAAAAGGAUGCAAGCCCUGUAAAAGAUGUUACUUUGACCAAGGAAGAUGUCAUCAAAAAGGAUGUAAGCCCGCCAAGAGAAAUUCCAGAAAAGUCGGCUAGCCCUAUCCAGGACAAAGUACCAAGUCCUGCAUUAGAAAAGGAUGCAAGCCCUGUAAAAGAUGUUACUUUGACCACAGAAGAUGUUAUCGAAAAGGAUGUCAGCCCAUCUAAAGCAAUCCCAGAAAAGGUUGCUAGCCCUAUACAGGACAAAGUACCAAGUCCUGCUUUAGAAAAGGAACCAAGCCCUGAAAAAGAUGUUACUUUGACCAAGGAAGAUGUCAUCAAAAAGGAUGUAAGCCCGCUAAGAGAAAUUCCAGAAAAGUCGGCGAGCCUUAUCCAGGACAAAGUACCAAGUCCUGCAUUAGAAAAGGAUGCAAGCCCUGUAAAAGAUGUUACUUUGACCACAGAAGAUGACAUCGACAAGGAUGUCAGCCCAUCUAAAGCGAUUCCAGAAAAGGCCGCUAGCCUUAUCCAGGACAAAGAACCAAGUCCUACAUUAGAAACGGAUGCAAGCCCUGUUAAAGUUGUUACUUUGACCAAGGAAGAUGUCAUCAAAAAGGAUGUAAGCCCGCCAAGAGAAAUUCCAGAAAAGUCGGCUAGCCCUAUCAAGGACAAAGUACCAAGUCCUGCUUUAGAAAAGGAUGCAAGCCCUGUAAAAGAUGUUACUUUGACCACAGAAGAUGUCAUCGAAAAGGAUGUCAGCCCGCCAAGAGAAAUUCCAGAAAAGUCGGCUAGCCCUAUCCAGGACAAAGUACCAAGUCCUACAUUAGAAAAGGAUGCAAGCCCUGUGAAAGAUGUUACUUUGACCACAGAAGAUGACAUCGACAAGGAUGUCAGCCCAUCUAAAGCGAUUCCAGAAAAGGCCGCUAGCCUUAUCCAGGACAAAGAACCAAGUCCUACAUUAGAAAAGGAUGCAAGCCCUGUUAAAGUUGUUACUUUGACCAAGGAAGAUGUCAUCAAAAAGGAUGUAAGCCCGCCAAGAGAAAUUCCAGAAAAGUCGGCUAGCCCUAUCAAGGACAAAGUACCAAGUCCUGCUUUAGAAAAGGAUGCAAGCCCUGUAAAAGAUGUUACUUUGACCACAGAAGAUGUCAUCGAAAAGGAUGUCAGCCCGCCAAGAGAAAUUCCAGAAAAGUCGGCUAGCCCUAUCCAGGACAAAGUACCAAGUCCUACAUUAGAAAAGGAUGCAAGCCCUGUGAAAGAUGUUACUUUGAGCAAGGAAGAUGUCAUCAAAAAGGAUGUCAGCCCAUCUAAAGCAAUUCCAGAAAAGGCUUCUAGCCCUAUUCAAGACAAGGUACCAAGUGCUGCAUUAGAAAAGGAAGCAAGCCCUGAAAAAUAUGUUUCUUUGACCAAAAAAGAUGUCAUCAAAAAGGAUGUAAGCCCGCCAAGAGAAAUUCCAGAAAAGUCGGAUAGCCCUAUCCAGGACCAAGUACCAAGUCCUGCAUUAGAAAAGGAUGCAAGGCCUGUAAAAGAUGUUACUUUGACCACAGAAGAUGUCAUCGAAAAGGAUGUCAGCCCAUCUAAAGCAAUUCCAGAAAAGGCCGCUAGCCCUAUCCAGGACAAAGUACCAAGUCCUGCAUUGGAAAAGGAUGCAAGCCCUGUAAAAGAUGUUACUUUGACCAAGGAAGAUGUCAUCAAAAAGGAUGUAAGCCCGCCAAGAGAAAUUCCAGAAAAGUUGGCUAGCCCUAUCCAGGACAAAGUACCAAGUCCUGCAUUAGAAAAGAAGGCAAGCCCUGUAAAAGAUGUUACUUUGACCACAGAAGAUGUCAUCGAAAAGGAUGUCAGCCCAUCUAAAUCAAUUCCAGAAAAGGCUGCUAGCCCUGUACAGGACAAAGCACCAAGUCCUUCUUUAGAAAAGAAACUAAGCCCUGAAAAAGAUGUUUCUUUAACCAAGGAAGAUGUCAUCAAAAAGGAUGAAAGCCCGCCCAGAGAAAUAACAGAAAAGGCCCCUAGCCCUACACAGGACAAGGUACCAAGUCCUGAAUUAGAGAAGGAAGCAAGUCCUGUAAUAGAUAUUUCUAUGACAAAGGAAGAUGUCAUCAAAAAGGAUGUAAGCCCGCCAAGAGAAAUUCCAGAAAAGUCGGCUAGCCGUAUCCAGGACAAAGUACAAAGUCCUUCAUUAGAAAAGGAUGCAAGCCCUGUAAAAGAUGUUACCUUGACUAAGGAAGAUGUCAUCAAAAAGGAUGUAAGACCGCCAAGAGAAAUUCCAGAAAAGUCGGCUAGCCCUAUCCAGGACAAAGUACCAAGUCCUGCAUUAGAAAAGGAUGCAAUCCCUGUAAAAGAUGUAACUUUGACCAAGGAAGAUGUCAUCAAAAAGGAUGUUAUCCCGCCAAGAGAAAUUCCAGAAAAGUCGGCAAGCCCUAUCCAGGACAAAGUACCAAGUCCUGCAUUAGAAAAGGAACCAAGCCCUGAAAAAGAUGUUUCUUUAACCAAUGAAGAUGUCAUCAAAAAGGAUGAAAGCCCGCCUAGAGAAAUAACAGAAAAGGCCCCUAGCCCUACACAGGACAAAGUACCAAGUCCCGCAUUAGAAAAGGAUGCAAGCCCUGUAAAAGAUGUUUCUUUAACCAAGGAAGAUGUCAUCGAUAAGGAUGUAAGCCCAUCUAAAGAAAUUCAACAAAAGGCCGCUAGCCCAAUUCAAGACAAGGAACCAAGUUCUGCUUUAGAAAAGGAACCAAGCCCUGAAAAAGAUGUUUCUUUAACCAAGGAAGAUGUCAUCAAAAAGGAUGUGAUCCCGCUUAGAGAAAUUCCGAAAAAGUCGGCUAGCCCUAUCCAAGACAAAGUACCAAGUCCUGCUUUAGAGAAGGAACCAAGCCCUGAAAAAGAUGUUUCUUUAACCAAGGAAGAUGUCAUCAAAAAGGAUGUAAGCCCGCCUAGAGACAUUACAGAAAUGUCGGCUAGCCCUAUCCAGGACAAAGUACCAAGUCCUGCAUUAGAUAAGGAAGCAAGCCCUGUGAAAGAUGUUUCUUUGACCAAGGAAGAUAUCACCGAAAAGGGUAAAAUUCCGCUAAAGGAAAUUCCAGAAAAGGCCGCUAGCCCUAUUCAAGACAAGGUACCAAGUCCUGCGUUAGAAAAGGUAGCAAGCCCUGUAAAAGAUGUUUCUUUGACCAAGGAAGAUAUCACCGAAAAGGGUAAAAGUCCGCUAAAGGAAAUUCCAGAAAAGGCCGCUAGCCCUAUCCAGGACAAGGAACCGAGUCCUGCAUUAGAAAAGGAAGCAAGCCCUAUAAAAGAUGUUUCUUUAACCAAGGAAGAUGACAUCCAGAAGGAUGUGAGCCAAUCUAAAGCAAUCGCAGAAAAGGCCUCUAGCCCUGUACAGGACAAGGUACCAAGACCUGCUUUAGAAAAGGAACCAAGUCCUGUCAAAGAUGUUUCCUUGACCAAAGAAGAUGUCAUCGAAAAGGAUGUAAGCCCGCCUAGAGAAAUUACAGAAAAGUCGGCUAGCCCUAUCCAGGACGAAGUACCAAGUCCUGCAUUAGAAAAGGAAGCAAGCCCUGUAAAAGAUGUUUCUUUGAUCAAGGAAGAUGUCAUCAAAAAAGAUGUAAGCCCGUCUAGAGAAAUUCCGGAAAAGACGGCUAGCCCUAUCGAAGACAAAUUACCAAGUCCUGCAUCAGAAAAAAAACAAAGCCCAGUAAAAGAUAUUUCUUUGACCAAGAAAGAUUUCAUCGAAAAGGAUGUCAUUCCAUCUAAAGCCAUUCCAGAAAAGGCUUCUAGCCCGAUCCAAGAUAAAGUACCAAGUCCUGCUUUAGAAAAGGAACCAAGCCUUGUAAAAGAUGAUUCUUCGACCAAAGAAGAUAUCACCGAAAAGGGUAAAAGUCCGCUAAAGGAAAUUCCAGAAAAGGCCGCUAGCCCUAUUCAAGAUAAGGUACCAAGUCCUGCGUUAGAAAAUGUAGCAAGCCCUGUAAAAGAUGUUUCUUUGACCAAGGAAAAUAUCACCGAAAAGGAUGAAAGUCCGUUAAAGGAAAUUCCAGAAAAGGCCGCUAGCCCUAUUCAAGACAAGGAAGCAAUUCCUGCAAUAGAAAAGGAAGCAAGCCCUGUAAAAGAUAUUUCUUUAGCCAAGGAAGAUGUCAUCAAAAAGGAUGUAAGCCCAUCUAAAGAAAUUGCAGAAAAGGCCUCUAGCCCUGUACAGGACAAGGUACCAAGAUCUGCUUUAGAAAAGGAACCAAGUCCUGUUAAAGAUGUUUCCUUUACCAAAGAAGAUGUCAUCGAAAAGGUUGUAAGCCCAUCUAAAGAAAUUGCAGAACAGGUCGCUAGCCCUAUCCAAGACACAGUACGAAGUCCUGUACCAGAAAAGGAACCAAGUUCUGAUAAAGAUAUUUCUGUUACCAAGGAAGAUGUCAUCGAAAAGGACGAAAGUGCGCUACAGGAAAUUCUAGAAAUGUCGGCUAGCCCGAUCCAGGUCAUAGAAGCCAGUGCUGCUUUUGAGAAGGCACCAAGUCCUGUAAAAGAUGUUUCUUUGACCAAGGGAGAUGUCAUCAAAAAGGAUGUUAGUCCGCCAAGAGAAAUUCCAGAAAAGGCUUCUAGCCCUAUCCAGGACAAAGUAGCAAUUACUGUAACCGAAAAAGAACCAAGCCCUGUAAAAGAUGUUUCUUUGAUCAAGGAAGAUGUCAUCAUUAAGGAUUUUAGUCCGCUUAAAGAAAUUCCAGAAAAGGCGGCUAGCCCUAUCCAGGACAAAGUAGCAAGUCCUGUAACAGAAAAAGAUCCAAGCCCUGUAAAAGAUAUUUCUUUGAUCAAGGAAGAUGUCAUCAAAAAGGAUGUUAGUCCGCUUAAAGAAAUUCCAGAAAAGUCGGCUAGCCCUAUCCAGGACAAAGUAGCAAGUCCUGUAACAGAAAAAUAUCCAAGCCCUGUAAAAGAUAUUUCUUUGACCAAGAAAGAUGUCAUCGAAAAGGAUGAAAGUCCGCUAAAGGAAAUUCUAGAAAAGGCUUCUAGCCUUAUCCAAGAUAAAGCACCAAGUCCUGCUUUAGAGAUGGAACCAAGUACUGUAAAAGAUGUUUCUUUGAUCGAGGAAGAUUUCAUCAUAAAGGAUGUUAGCACAACUAAAGAAAUUCCAGAAAAGUCGGCUAGCCCUAUCCAGGCUAUAGAAGCCAGUGCUGCUUUAGAGAAGGAACCAAGUCCUGUAAAAGAUGUUUCUUUGACCAAGGAAGAUGACAUCAAAAAGGAUGUUAGUCCGCCAAGAGAAAUUCCAGAAAAGGCUUCUAGACCUAUCCAGGACAAAGUAGCAAGUACUGUAACCGAAAAAGAACCAAGCCCUGUUAAAGAUAUUUCUUUGACCAAGAAAGAUGUCAUCGAAAAGGAUGAAAGUCCGCUAAAGGAAAUUCUAGAAAAGGCUUCUAGCCUUAUCCAAGACAAAGCACCAAGUCCUGCCUUAGAGAAGGAACCAAGCCCUGUAAAAGAUGUUUCUUUGACCAAGGAAGAUGUCAUCAAAAAGGAUGUUAGUCCGCUUAAAGAAAUUCCAGAAAAAUCGUCUACCACUGUCUUAGAGAAAGAGAAGAGUCCUGUAUCAGAAAAGGAACCAAGUCUUGAUAAAGAUAUUUCUUUGACCAAAGAAGAUCCAGAGACUAAGGAAGAUGUUAUCAAAAAGGAUGUUGGCUCGCCUAAAGAAAUUCCAGAAAAGUCGGCUAGCCCUAUCCAGGACAAAGUACCAAGUAGUAGUACCAAAAAUACUCGCAUUAAAGAAACCUAUUCAAUAAAAGAGGAGUUAGAGAAAUACAGAUAUGAUUCUAAUGAAUUAUUUGCAACGUCUUCCUUCAAUGUAGUAGAUAGAAUGUUAAGUAUGAAAGAUAAUUAUCACAAUGGACAAAGUAAUGGUGAUUUAUUAGAUAAUAAUAUAAGAACCAUUAAUUCAUCCUCAAGUCUUUUUACUGAACAAUCAAAAUCAUUCAGCAGUUCUGAAGAUGUAUCUAAAGAAAUAAGCUUGGAAGAAAAAUAUAGUUUUGAAAGUACAGAGAAAGAAAAGACAGUUGGAAUUAUGGAUAAAGGGAUGGCUGAAGAUAAAUUAUAUUCUGAAGGUAUAAAGGAACGAGACUUUUCGAAAGAUUAUAUAACUAAAUUACCUGCUUUAGAUAAAUCAGCGCAACUAAUUGAAUCCAUUCAGAAAGCAUUUGGCGACGAAAGUAUACAGCAAGGUAUUAAAACAGAAAGCACUGAAUCACUGGCUGUUCAUUCUUUCGACAGAGUUUCAACACCACCUACUGUGCCUGUUAGUCCGUUGCCUAAAACUUUAGGAGCUUUUCACGACGUCAAAGUUAGUGAAGGUGUCCAAAGCGAAAUUUCUUAUGAUAGAUCAGAUGGAAGUGACGAAACUAUCACAAAAACAGUUCACGUGGGUGAAGAUGUACUUACCCAAAGAAUAUCUACUUCAACUGAAAAGGUUCCGAAAAGUGCUAAAAGUUCUGAUACAACCGAAAGCUUAGAUUUACAGGCUUUAACUGAAACUGUAGGAAAAAUUAAAACGGAGACCGACACUGUAACUAAGGUUAUUAAAGAAGGUGAAAAUGUAGUAACCCAAACGAUCACUACAGUAACAACAAAGGAAGUUAUUUCAAAAGAAGAUGGAACUCCACAAAAUGUUAAAACGACAAUUGAAACUACAACAUUAUGUAAAAGUUCUGAUGGGUCAACAACAACAACCAAAGAUACCCAAACAGUGUUAUCUGAAUGUUCUUCAACUCUAAAAUCUACAUCACAUAUGGAUGUUGAUGCCAUAAAUGACAAUAAAGUGGUAGCUAACGGCCAUAUAAAAAAAAGUCAUGUUUUCGACGAUGAUAAUUUAGUAAAUUUACCUGUUAAAUUAAGUGCACCUGCUAAAAUUUCAAAUGAUGAUAGUGACGAAAUAACAAUUAAUACUGAUGUCAGUAAACGAGUUAUACAGGAUAAUGGGAUUGACAUAAUAGAAACUGUUACGAGGGUAACAAAAAAAGAAACAAUCGAAGCUGAAGAUCAUAAAAAAGUUUCGAAAACAACAGUUGAAACUAAUGUUACAAAAGAAAAACCGGAUGGGUCUAAAGAUGAACAGAAAAUGGUCGAAGUUAAAACAGAAGAAAUUAUGACAGAUGAAACAAGUAAUAUUGAUAAUAUUUUGAGUAAUUUAAAAGUUUUUGAAACUCCGGAAGAAAGCAUUACCACGUCCGCUGAAGAAAUUCAGGAUGAAAAUGUUUUAAUUAAACGCAUUACGUCCAUAAAAACUAUCAAAACAAAAUAUGCGGAUCAAUAUAACAAUCUUAAAAAGUUAAAAACAGUUACAAUAGUGACCACCACUGAUCAAUAUCCUGAUGGUUCAUCAAACAUGAAGGUUAAUACAAGCAUAUCUUUAACAGAUUUAUGUAUACCUGAAGUUGAUAAUAGUCACGAUCUUAAAGAUUUUACAUGUUUAGAAGAUAGACAAGUAAAUGUGGAAAAACAGGAGAAAACUUGUGUGGUUAACGGUGAAAAUAUAAAACAGCUUGUAACUACCACAACAACCGAUGAGGUAUUAUCUAAACUUGACAAAAGCCAGAGGAAAUUAAAGAGAACUAUUGAAACUGUGACAGAAUCUACUUUACCCAAUGGAUUCAUAGAAGUUACUAAAGACAUUAGCAUUUCAAUAUCGGAUUAUCUAACAGAGCCUGAUAAACAACACUUCGAGGGUUUUACGUUGCUAUGCCGACCUAAAGAAGAAACUACUACAUCUCGUGAAAAUAUUGAAAUGAAUGGAGUAUUAAUAAAACGUCAAAUAACUACAACUAAAACUUAUGAAGAAUUUGUGGAUGAAGUUGAAAGUCUCAAAAAAACAAAAACUACUAUAAAAGAGAUUACUGAAGACGAGUAUCCAGAUGGCUCAAUUAUUUCUAAAACUAGUGAAAAAGUGUCAGUUUUUGACGAACCGUAUGAAGUAAAAUUUGUCGGUGAUAUAAAUACAAAGUUGCAAUCAAAAGAAGAUUUAUUAAAAAAAUCAUAUCUAAAAUCAUCGCAAAACUCCGAUGUACUUUUAACCAAACAAUCAGUUGAGGACUUAGAGCAACUGGAAAACAUGGGUAAAGAUAUUCAUACCGACACAAAAGAAGGGUUUGUUUUGCGUGAUGGAAAAUCACUACGACAAAUCAUUAAAACUACUACGACAAAAGAACUCAUGUCAUCUGAAGAUGACGCAAGAAAGAAAAUAAAAACAACAGUGGAAACAACCACUGAAACUGAGUUACCCAAUGGAAGUACUGAAGUUGUAAAAGAUGUUAAAGUUUCAAUAGCUGAAUAUGGAAAUAGCAUUUCUGAAGAAAAUUUACAUGGUUAUUUUAUAAUUGGAGAGCCAGAUAUAAAGACAGAAUCAGUGUCAGAGCGCGUUGUUGACAACGGAACCGAAAUUACAAGAAGAAUUACUAUAACUACUACCAAACAAAUGUUUCAAAAUACCACAAGUUUCAAUAGAAGACUUAAAACAGUAGUUGUAACUAUUACAGAAGAUGCCUAUCCUGAUGGCACUGUUUUAACAAAAAAAAGUGAAAGAAUAUCUAUAACCGAUAUUUCAUCUGAAAAUUUGACAACAGAUGAAGCAGAUCGUGUAGAUCCUAAAGGUGAUUUAGAAACUGUCGAGGCUACGACUGAAGAAUCAGAUGUAAAAAAAGAAAUAGUUCUUAAAGACUCUGAAAAAAUUAACCGUACCAUAACUACUAAAACUAAGCGAGAAACGUUGGGUUCCAAAGAUAAAAAUAUACGGCGAUUAAGAACAACUGUUGAAACAAUUACAGAAGAUGAGUACCCAGAUGGAUCCGUUGAAACAACAAAAGAUGUUAAAAUAACAAUUUCAGAAUUUCAGAAGGCUAAUGAUAAUGAUUUACAGGCUGCAUUAGAUGGUUUUAUAGUCACGGGAAAAGUAAGAAAUUUCGUUGACAAAAAAACAAAUAUUAUCACUGACAAUUUAUCAAAAAUUACUCAGAACAUCACAACUCACAUUACUAAAGAAGAACUUAAUAACAAAACUACAAAUGAGGUGGCCGUUAGAACAGUUACACAAACUGUAACAGAGAAUAUAAAGGAAGAUGGAUCAAUCGAGACUACCAAAGAUGUUCGUACGCAAAUCGCUUAUUUACCAGAAGGGAUGCUUUUCGAAGAUCUUACGCCAGAAGAAGGUGAGGUCAACAUUACCAUCCAAGACAAAGAAAGCCCAAAGGUUGUUAAACCAAUUAUUAAUGAAUUAAAUAUUAUGCCAGUUGAACAAAAACACCAAGAAAUUGAACCUAAAAAGAAACGAUCGCCUGUGGGUGAAAUAACUACCGAAACUGAAACAUUUAAUAAAAUAAUAAAAGAAGAUGAUAAAGAAAUUCAUCAAACAGUAACAGUCGUGACUACAAAAGAAGUUAUUACUCCUGAGAAAGUAAAAGUUACUGUAGAAACAACAACUGUGUCUAAGGGGAGCGACGGUGUAACGAAAACAACAAAAUCAACAAAAACAACGAUAUCUGAAAUUAAAGAAGAGUAUGAAGAGAUAAUUGAUACAGGGGACUAUGAUAAAUCUCCUUCCAAAUAUUCAUCUAAGGCAGGCGAUAUGCGUAGUUCAUCUGUAACUAGUGACUAUUUAGAUCAGCUCGAUAUGGCUACUCCACCUUCAGACAUUAGUUCUCGGGAAUCAAGAGUAGCUACACAUGUAUGGGGAACAGAAAGUAGUGGCAUGUAUUACAGUGAUGAGGAUGGACAGGCUAGUCCAAGUAGCACAAAAUCUCAAAUAGCCCAUUCUCCCAAGUCAAACCUCAGUUUUGAAUUACCACUUCAACAACAAGAUCAAAACGAUCCCAUGUCUAUGUCAGUAUAUGGUCAACUUCCCGGUGAUUUUGGAGAAUAUUCUGAAGACACGGGGCCUUCUUUAAAAACAAUUACUGGUGACUUCUUGACACAUGAGAAAAUUAAAACAGAUAGUGAUAAUUCAAAUGAAGAUAUAUCCGUUUCCAGGUUUUUAAAAGAAGCUGAUGAACAAUUUGAAAAAGCUAUUGAAGAGCACAAAAAAAUCAGUGGUUCGACAGUUAUUUCUAGUAUAACAGCUAAGUAUGAAUUAGACCAAGAUAGUCAGGCUAGUGGUAGUAAAGAAACUUCUAAAUCGCAGGAGUCAACAGUAACGCUCAGGGAAUUUAGAUCAGACUCGAAGAAAUCAAGUUUAGAUCGUGAUGAAAAUACAAAAAUGUCUAGUACCAAAUCUCACGAGUCAUCCAAAGAUCCAAUUGAAUCCUGGGGUAAACCACUCGGAUUACCGAGUCCAAUUUUACCUUCGGAUGGCAAAAGUACUCCAAAAAAACAAGCUGCAAGCUCAUCUGUAGCAAACAAAAAUAAAAUGAAUCAGGAUAAAAACAAAGAAGGCAGAGUGACAGAAUCUCCAAGUAAAAAGAAGACACCGACGCCUAUUUACAUGGACUUAACCUAUGUUCCACAUCACGGAAAUUCCUACUACUCUGCCAUGGAAUUUUUCAAACGUGUUCGGGCUCGUUAUUACGUGUUUUCGGGAACAGAGCCUUCUAAGGAAAUAUACAAUGCACUGUUAGAUGCCAAGAAAACGUGGGAAGAUAAGAAUUUAGAAGUGACAAUCAUACCUACCUACGACACCGACGUUCUCGGCUAUUGGGUAGCGGAGAACGAAGAAGCCCUCGAGAAAUAUAAAAUAGACCUUUCGCCUUCUGCUUCACGGUGCACCAUCAACCUACAAGACCAUGAGACCUCCUGCGCCGCCUACAGGCUAGAGUUCUAGGUGUCGGGUCUAUUUGUUGACUUCUCGUCGAAGAAGUAAGCUUCCCUCUUUUCUGUAAGUGAAUCGAGGCCACACGUUGUUAAAUUCGUGUAGUCUCGAUUCACUAAUAUUUAGCGCGAGGACACAUCCGAUGAGAAUGUUUACAAAUAGAUGCUUAUAUGUGAUAUACUUUAGACAGACUGUUGUGAAAUUUUAUUAAUUGUAGAUAUUGUAUACUCAGAACAUCAAACUAUACUCCAGCUUAAUAUUUCGGACAUGAGUCGAAUCCUAAUGAGACGUCCUCGAUCGCAUCCAUCAAUUUUCGACCUAAUAACAAAAACGUCCAUUUUUUUCUAAACUGUUUUCUAGUAGCAACAUAAAUACAUGCCAUUUAAAAUCUUAUAUUUCUGAUAAAUUUUAGUAUUUGGUCUUAUACAAUCAGUAGUGCUUUUAUAUACGAUUUUUAGCAUAACCAGUCCAUUUUGUUUAGCCAAAACAACGCUUGUGCGAAAAAUCUAAAUUUUUGUAAAAAUUAUUUUGCUAUCGCAUUGUGAGAUUUAAAAAAGAAUACGAUUUUGAAACGACUCGGCCGCAGCCGCCGGCUUUAUACGGACGUGAUUACGAACAAAUUCGAUUAAAAUAUAGCGACGAUCAAUACUCAUUUGUGAGAUUUUCCUGAGCUACAUAAUUUUUUACGACCAGAGACUAAUUGAAAUAUAUAGAGGUCUUCAAAAGACACUGUGCAUUAUGCACCCAUUGUUUGAUAGAAGUAAUAUAAUUGUUUCUUCUGAUUAGGAAGGCAAAAUCUGUUUAAUGUUAUAAUAAGUAAACCUCUGUCAGAUAAUUAAAAAAAUAUCCUCAUUAUUUCUUUAAUUAUUUCGUCAGAUUACAUUCGUAUAAUGCACAAAAAUAGUACUAAUUGAAUAUAGCUCGAAAUAUUAUUAGAUACGCCCAAAGCCUGCAUGGGACUUCUAAUGAGUAUCGAGUAAUUAAAAAUGAAUUCAUAGAUAAGUUCGUGCCACUACUGAGAAAAGUUUUCACCGAUACAGGAUGUUAUUAUAAUUUUGAAGUCAUUAAUAAUUCACCUAAGUGAUGUAAUGUGCGUCUUUACAUCGGUGAAUCUUACCUUGGAAUGUUCAAGAUCAGUUUUUGCCUUUCUAAACAUUUAACGAGCCUAAGACGAUAGAGCUUAAUUCAUAAUAUAAAAAGGUUUAUUAGAAAUACUAAAUACAGCUGAGUUGUGUUGAUAUUUAAUUUAUAUAUACCAUCUCUAAUACCUAUUAGAUAUACAGUUUUGGUGUUUAUUAAAUUUAUUUCGUGUUAUGGUGACUCAUCAAACAUUAGAAUCUCUAACCUUUUUUUACAGUUAAAAUUAAAUUCAAUAAACAAAUUUCUAGUCGAGUCCCAAAUAUAAAAAUAUAGAUACAUAGUAUUAUAAUACGUUCCUAUUUGCAUUGAUUUUUGACAUAAAUAAUUUUGUUAUUAAAUAUUUAUUAUUGGUGUAACGUAUUCAACGUAAUUCCUCUAUAUUGAGUGUAUAGUGCGAAUGGUGAGCGAAUGGUCAUUAUACCGUCUAGUCUAGGACAUAAGCUUGGACUGUUCUCAUAAUAAUAUAAAAAGUCUCCAUAAUUUCAUUUUUGCCAAUGAAAAUAAACCUUUAAGUCAAUUAUUUUAAGUCAUCCGUAGCGUUAAGCUAAUCUUAUGAAACUACUAUUGCUUUCUUUGCCAAACCUACCUAUAGAGAACUUUCUGUAUAUUACACGCACCAGCACAAUGUAUUUAUGUUUAAAAACGAACGUUUGUAAGGACAAAACUACUAUUAAUUCUAUAAAUACUAUAUAUUUUUAUGUACGAAUAACAGUUUAUUUAUAAUUAUUUUUCUUAUAUGGCUAUAAUAUAUUGCGUGUUGACUUGUGUGAGUGAUAGUAUUUUGCUUAUAACAAUUGGACCGGUACAGAGGGUGACUAACUUGCGUGAGAUGGAAUAUCCGGUCAUCGGCUGCUAGCGAUACAUCAUCCAACAACAGUUAUAAGAUCACAAUUCCCCUAGCAUUUUUUUUACUAGAUAUAAAUGUUCCAAAUCGAUCUCACUUCUGGCUGAAGGCUUUUUAUUGCUUUCAUAUGUGGAGAUGAUGUAUCGGAAGUAGUUGAAGACAAGCUUUAUGAGUGCUAGUUUUAGCCUUUUCCUCUCGGAUGUCUAAUAAUUUCAGUUGGCUUUUUAGCCGGACCCGAGAUUUACUAUUGUAUUUAUAGCUAGAAGUCUAAUUAAUGCAUAUUAUUAGGAAUAUUAAAAUGUUGUUAAUUAAGAAUUGUAUCAGCUUAGAAAACAUCAAUAGCUCUGAAUAAAGUCAUUAUUAAAAUUAUUAAAUGUUGCAUUUUUCAAACGCGUGUGUUAGUUUUGUCUGCUGUUACAAAAUUAAUUAUAUCUAUAUCAAAGUUAAUUAUAAUGUUGUAUUAAUGUUCAGAUAUCCGAAAGGGUGUU